AGUCGUGUGUUGUUUUUGUUGCUGCAAUCAUACAUUCGUAUCGCGCUUUGAUAAACAUAUACAGUUCUUAGUUUCUGUUUUUUUUUAUUCAUAUAAAAUUCUGUGUGUAUUUUUUUUCCUCACUUCAGUUAGUUGGUUUUGGUUUGGCUUUCGAAAUUCUAUUUUAGCCAAAAACAAUUCGUAUAUAUAUGCAUGUGACGGCGCUGCUGCUGUUGUGGUUUUUUUUUUUAAUUCGUCUUCAUCGCCGAAGUGAAUCAAAAAUAAUUAUGUUUAUUCGGUACGAACAGCUAAAUACGAAAUUUACAUAAAAGAAAGAAAAACUCUUUGCUAAGCUAACACAAAAAGGAAAAAUAAACUCAUUUUUUAAGUUGUUGUUGUUUUUGUUAUUGUUCGGUGGAUAUCUGGAUAAUAUUCUUCUCUUGAUUUCAAGGUACAAAAGUGAAUCCAAGUUUAUUAUUUGAUAUUUAUCACUUGCUGGUACAUUCAUUUGUUCGUUUCAUUAUUCCCGUUAUUUGUAGUGUGUGUGUGUUUGUUUGUUGGUGGUUGUACUGCUACUGCUUUUACUGCUGCUGCUGCUGCUGCUUUUUUGUCCGCAGUUCAUUUCGUCGCGGUGUUUUCGUGUGACUUUCGUUGAAAAAUUACUGUUAUUAUUUGGAAAAGAGAGCAUUUCCAUAGCCUAGAUUUGAAUUUGUUUUGUGAUUUACUUCAUGGAGUACCGACAGUCACUUUAUACGUCUCUCUCUCUAUAUUUUAUUCUCUUGUCGUUGUCGUGUGCGUGAUUUGUGUGUUAUACUGUGUGCUGAGGAAUAAGUCAAAAUGUUAGUUGCAUUGCGAAAAACAGGACGAAAGCGAACAAGAGGAAUUUGGAAUACCAAAAGUUUGCUCGUUGUGGUCGUCGUCGCGAAUUAUUUUCAGCGUUGGCAAACCGGAAAUUGUGUGCUAGUGCUACCAAAAACUUGAUUGACAGUAUUUCGACACCACGAAUUUUGAGGUGCUGUAUAGAGUUGUAAGUGUGAGUGUGUACAACCCGAAUAGAAAAAGAAACAAGAGUGAAAACGGGAAAAACUCUAACACAAAGUGAAAGUGCCGAAACCUCACAAAUGACAAACACUAUCAUCGAAAUCAGUUUCGAUUUACCCAAUUUUUUUUUUAUCAACAACAUAGCCAUCGAACACUCAACGAAAACUAUAUCGAAUCGGAACAGACUCAGGCCCAUAUGAAAAUGCAAAACGGCGACAGCAGCACGAGGUAGGAAAACAGAGAAAAACAGAGCAGAUUCGAAAGCAGUGAAUUUUUAUUCACCACCACCAUCAUCAUCAUCAUCAUCAAGUUUACAUCCAACAACAGACGAAAAGGCACGAUUCCAUGCGAUUUUCUUCUCUGCUGCGAAUGACCAUCUUUACAUUUCGAGUGUUUGUGCAAUUUGUAAAAAAUGGACGAAAGCUGAAUUGUGUUUUCGCCGAAUGAUUUUUUUUUCAUCGUUUAAAAAAUAAAGUGCAAUCUUAGAGAAGAAUUUUUUUCUAUCUGAAAAAUACAUUCUUGUCUCUGUGUUUGUGUAUAAGUGAAUCUUGGAAUAUAGAAAAAAUAAAGUUGUUUGCCUUUUCCUUCGGUCUAGUGAAAAUUGUUCGCAGUGAAAGAAAAAAAAACCAUGAAAAUUGAAACCAAAAACUGAACUGCAAAGAAAAUACCGAAAAAAAGAAAAUACCGUGAAUGUGUGAUGAACUUUGUUCAAACAAGUUCCUUUGUGACGGCAGAAUAAUUUUUAUUUCGAAAAGCGAAAACGUGGAAAAAACGAGACAGAAAUAUACAAAAAGAAAAUAACAGCAACAACAACAAAAUAGAAGAGGAAAAGCUCUCAAGUGUGGCGACAGGUGCGUCUCAUCCGUUCAACAUAAGCAACGAACUGUAUACGACAUCUCUAUGGUGAUGUCAGUGUUAUUCGGCAAAUAAAAAAGAUAGAAAGCGAGCGAUCAGCACAGAGCGCGCGAACGAGCGAAAGAGAAAGCAAAUAAAGUGAAAAGAAACGCAGUGGAAUAAAUACACAAGAGAGGCAACCACUCCGGUCUAUCAAUGUGGUGUGCCGCAUUCAAAGUUUUCGUUUCAAAAUCGCAUUGAAAUUUUGUUGUUGCUGUUUGGUUUGGAUUUUCGUUUUAUUCCCUUUUUUUCUCUUCGCGCUGUAUAAAGGAUAAUUUCGAGAAUUUAGUGGUGGAUGCGCCUUCUUUCCGAAUUCGGUAACAUCACGACGGCUCUCUUCUAUUCAAAAUCAUUGGACAUUUGACAUUUGACUGUGUGUAAAUAAUUUUUUUUCCGGUGGUGGUGUGUAGUGCGUUUUGAUUGUUUGGUGUUUUUCGCAAGUGUUUUGUUUUGUCUCCUCUGACAAACGGAAUACACAUACCGCGCACGUCUCAACACUAAAGUGAAUACAUUUCAUUUCACCGAUGGAACGUUAUUCUCGAUGAAAUUCGCUACGAUUCUAAAUACAAUUUGACUAGUCUGGGCAUUAAGUUAAAUGCCGAAAAUAUUUUAAGCUGCUUAGUUUGUAAACAAACUCAACACAAACAAACAAACACAAAACAAAAUGUCUAGAAUUAUUAUGCACCGUGGUGAUAUUGGGCUGGAACUGGUGAAACAGGAACGAGCCACACAUCAACUGUCAUCAUCCGAUUUGAUCGGUUGUGGCUCAUCAUCGUCAGCUAUGGCGGAUGAUCAUCUAGAUGAUGAUUUAGAUCAUGACGAUGACGAUGGAGUCGAUGUAAUUAACCAUCAUCACCAAAAUCACCAUUCUUCUCAUCGCCAUUUAAAUGAUUCGAGUGUGAUAUCACCGAAGCUUCUGAAACCGUAUCAACAUGAAGCAUUAUCGGUAAUUGUACAGCCGCAGGAUGAUUCACACGAUCCCGAUGAUUCGUCAUCGCAACUGCUCAGUCCGAGCGGUAAAAUGACACCAAAUUCCGCGGAAAUGAUUGAUACAUCUGAUUUUCGUGCGCUGCACGAGCCAACCUAUCAAACGUUAACAUCGGUGAAUGGGCAAAUGUCACCACCUGGCUUCAGUCCGAAUUCAUCGUAUGCAACGUUAACACCACUGCAACCGCUACCACCGAUCUCAACAAUGUCUGAUAAAUUUUCGUACGGUCAUUCGAGUGGAAUAUCACAGAUUCAGGGCCAGGGCAUCAGUUUGUGUAUGGGCGUUAAUUCACCAUAUUAUGAUAAAUUGCCUACAAUGGGACUGUCGCCACCACACAAUUACUCAUCGCCAACCAAUACACUCAGCGGCAACGGCAAUGGGCUGCAUUCACCACAGAAAAGUAUGUCACCACAUGAAUAUGAUUCGGCAUAUGCGGCCGAUCAUCGUGAUCUACUGAACAGUGCCCGUCAAAUUCAGGAGGUUCAUAGUCAAAGUCCUAGUCCCCAAUCAGUGUCUUUACAUUCGCCGAGUGGAAGUGUUGGAGGCGGUUCAAUCAUAACUUCAUUUAAUUCACCUCCGAUCGGUUUGCAAUCAUCACUGCAACAACAGCAGCAGCAACAACAACAACAACAACAACAGCAGCAACAGCAUCAAUCGUCCGCAUGUCGGAAAUCACCCGACGAAUUUUUCGAAAAAACACGAUCGUAUCGAAAUAGUGGCGGCGGUGGCGGAGGCGGUAGUGGUGGCAAUAGUGGCGCUGAUUUUUUCGAUAAAACCCACAAUGAAUCGCAAACCCAUCAAAUAGCCAUGAAUGGCAACGCCAUCAAUGCUAUCACAAGCAAUACAAACCAAUCGAAUAACGUACCGCCAGCACAAAAUCAGGAGCAAUCAUCGCAGCAACAAAAUGCCACAUCAAUAAGUAAUGAAGUUGAAGAGAUAAACACAAAAGAGUUGGCCCAGCGAAUAAGUGCCGAGCUAAAGAGAUACAGCAUACCGCAAGCAAUAUUUGCACAACGUGUUUUAUGCCGGUCACAAGGCACCCUCUCUGAUCUGCUGCGAAAUCCAAAACCGUGGUCCAAACUGAAAUCGGGACGUGAAACAUUUCGACGCAUGUUCAAGUGGCUACAAGAACCUGAAUUUCAGCGUAUGUCAGCGCUACGGAUGGCAGCCGCUCAAAUUCCACAACGAGGCAAUCCGAAUGAUUUUCGUGCAGAUAUUCCAUUGACUGGAUGCAAGCGAAAGGAGGAUUUGCCAGCCGUUGUGGCGGAGCAUUUAUCGUCACCGAAAAAGCCGCGACUCGUGUUUACCGACUUGCAACGACGCACGCUACAGGCAAUAUUCAAGGAGACAAAGCGACCGUCAAAAGAGAUGCAAGUGACGAUUGCACGGCAAUUGGGCUUGGAACCGACAACCGUUGGCAACUUUUUCAUGAACGCUCGCCGACGCUCCAUGGACAAAUGGAAGGAUGAGAAUGAAAAGAAUGGUUUACAUGAUCAUUCAUCGUUGGAUGUGUGCGAUGAUGAUGAUAUGGAUUUGGAUCUAGAUGGUGAACAUGAUUUAGAUCUCGACCCAGACGAUCAGGAUAUGUUGUGACAUACACCAGGAGCUCAACCGCCGACAACAAUGCUGGCAUCUAGUCAAGGCCAUCUGAAUCGUCACCAUCCAUCAUCGCAUCAACAGCAACCGCAACAUCAGCAGCAACAUCAACAACAGCAACACCAGAAUCACCAUCAUCUGCAUCAUCACAACAACAAUAAAACGAUGGUCAAUACAAAUCACACAAGCAGCAGUCUAUUGGCCACCGAAUCAUACGGUGCAAACAUUGAUGAGGCUGAAAAGAGUAAUCAGCUGAUUAAUCACUUUAAUGACGAUAAUAACAAUAAUGGAAUAAAUAGCAAUAAUAACCAUAGUAGAAUUAGUUCUAGUCAAAACAUUAGUAGAUAUGUAUUGCGUACAUUUGGUGGCAUGUUUGACAAUGCAUUCGUUGACGAUGACAACGAACCGGGCGCAUCAUACUAUCGGGCCAAAUGACCACAUGCAGAUAUGACAACAGCAACAGCAACAAUGCCAAGUAAAUUGAUUCACCUUUCAGUCGCGUGCUAAUCACACACACACACACACACACACACACUCACUCACUCAUACAGACAAACACCGAAAUGAACAAAUCCGAAAAGUGAAACAAUAAUCGAUUUAGCGUCGACCGACAAAUCCUGAAACCAAAGCAUAAUACUCAUGUCUGUUAUCACAAAUAGAAACGAUGCGAUUUAUGGCUCCAGAAGAAUGUCUCUUAUUUUUUUAAAAAGAAGGAGAAAAAUUUUUGGGGAAAAACCACGCGCGUUAUUUAUAAAACUCAUGGAAAAUUUACAUGUUGAAAAAAAGAGCGAACAAUUGACGGAAAAAAAAAUUUGCUACUCAGUAGGCUGAUCCCAAAAAAAAAACACUUCCCAUAUGAAAUAUACAAUAUAUUCUACCCGCUAAAAUCGCUCUCUACGCCGUACGUCAAGUGCUUUUCAUUCACACACACACAUUUUCUCAGAGCCAGCAUUGUUUUAUUCGUUUCGUCUCUGUUUUACCUCGAACUGAAUCGUGUUUGAAAUUUUUCAGCAAUUAAAACCGAAAAAAAACCCAGAAGAACGGGACAAACACACGCAGAAAUAGAGAACGACUAAAACACUGAACAAAAAAAAUAUUCCAAACGGAUGUACAUGUUCAACCACUAAACAGAACAAAAAAAACUGAACAAAUUGUAAAUAAUGCCAAAUAAUAAAAGAAAA